AUGGCGGGGCAGCAGGAUCCCUACUUCAUAGUACAGCGAGACGUGAAUGACACGUUGAGCAGCGUGCAGACUCGGUACACACAGCUGCGCUCCCUGCCCGCGGCUCACUCCAAUCGCAAGCCCCUCCUCGAGGAGCUCCAAGAAGACUGCUCCAGCCUGGAGUACAUGGUGAGCGAGAUCGAGCGUUCCCUGGAUGCGGCGGAGGCCAACCCGGCCCGAUUCCGGCUGAGCCAGGCCGAGCUGUCCGACCGGCGGCGCUGGGCCAUCUCCGCCCGGCGCCAGACCAGCGUGCUGAACGAGGGCCUGGCGGCGGCGCGCACGGCAGCCGACGCCGCGCCGCGGCUGACCCCCGCCUCCAAGCUGGCCGCGGCGGUGCACGAGGAGAACGACCGCUUCAUCGCCUCUGAGGCCGACAGGCAGCAGGCGCUCAUGUCGCGCCAGGACGAGGAUCUGGACGUGCUGGGAGGGCACGUUGUGCGCAUCGGCGAGCUGGGCCGGGAGAUGGGCCAGGAGCUGCACAUGCAGGGCCAGCUGCUGGACGAGUUUGACGAGGAGCUGGAGGGCACCUCCACGCGGCUGGCCGCCGCGCAGAAGAAGAUCCAGGCGGUCCUGGACCGCACCGGGUCCAAGGGCCAGCUGGCCAUCAUCGGCUUCCUCCUCGUCGUGCUCGUGCUCCUGGUGGUGCUCGCCAUCGCAUGA